AUGACCUUUGCCACCAUCAUGCUGUGCCCCUGGCGUGGGAAGCUGAAGCUGCUGCUUGCCACAGUGACCCUGGUCUUCCUGAUCUCAUGGCUCUACCUCUUUAUGGGUAAUCUGGAGUGUGAGUGAGGGCAAGGAUGGCCCAUGGACAACGGAAGGGUAGUGGUGUGAUGAAAGCAUGUGCCACAGAUUUGCCCUGUGGCAGCUGUACACGUGGGUGGGAGCUGGGACUCCAGAGUGGAAUUGCAACUAUACUGCCAACUCACUUUGAGACCUUUGGGCAGAGGGUGACCUCUGUUUCCUCCUGCGUAACAGGACUAGGAAAGCUUUCCUAGAAUUGUAGAGUUGGAAGGAACCCCAAGGGUCAUGUGGUCCAACUCCCUGAAAUGCAGGAAUUACAGCUAAAGAAUCCCCGACAGAUGGCCAUCCAACCUCUGUUUAAAAACCUUCCAUGAAAGAGAGUCCACCACCGUCAGACAUUAAGGUGACAGAAGGAUGGUUCCACUGCCUUGCUUGGAUGUAUGUGAUUUUCUCAUAGCCCAAACACAUAGGAACUGAUCCCUCUCAUAUAUGAUGAAGAAUGGGCCAGAUUUCCAAUUUGGGAAAUUUAAAAACAAUCACCAAAUAGCAUAUUUAGUUCCCAGCUUCUCAGCAUUCAAGGCAGCUUGUAAACCUUUGGAUCUUCUACACUAGAACUUACAAACAGACCCUUUUCCCUUGCACUUGGCGGCCCCUCUCCGCAGAGGGCCAGUAUUCUGAGCAAGCCCUCCUUGGAUCAAUCCAGGCUUGGAGCUGGUAAUAAUGUUCACCUUGGGAGUGCUGGGGCUCCAUCCGUUGUGUGGUUCUUCUCCCUGGCAGUUGCCUCUAUGGCCGUUAGAGAGUCUUCGCUGGAGAGGGCUUGAGGGUGUUGCCUCCUUCCCCCUCCCUUGCUGAUGUCAGUGGCAGAUCUCUCCAGAAAAUACAUUACAGAGAGAAUGAGCGCUGGGUUUUCAGAAUAUUGUUUUCUUAGGUUGCAUUGAUACAGUACUACUCUCUGGCCACAAAGUUAUGAAUGGAGAAGCUAGAGGCAGAGCUAUGCCCCUUCCUGUUAUGCCACUCUCUUCUUUCUUGCCCAUCUCAUUCAUGGUGUGGGGUGAUACUGUACAUUAACUCUUGAGUGUUCAGAUUCACAUUCACCCACUUGAGGAGCAGCAUUCAGCUUCAUAUUGAAUUGUCUUAAAUUAAUAUUAAGUCCAUUUGACUGCAGAGAAAGAUAGCCGGUGGAAUUAAUAUAAUUGAAUCUAAAAAAGGAAAUUGUAGGACUAUGCAAAGAGAUAGGGGGAAUAUUUUAUAGUGCUGGAACUUUGCAACCUUGCUAUAUGAAUUCAAGAAACCUGCAUAAAAUAUUUGUUCCCGCUCUCAUCCUUCUUCCCACUUGUCCUUCUAGUUUCACUGAAGUAUGUGCAAAACGCUCAGUGACUAUGCAUCCUCCUCCUUCUCUCACCACUCCCCUAUUUAUGUUUUCUUUUCCUGGGGGGCGGGGAUCCCCUCUAUAGAUGGAUGCUCCUUCCUGCUCCCGCCUUGCUUUGGGGAACAGUCAAGCCGAUACCUUAACCACGAGGCCUUGGUGUCCCAAGUACAGAAAGUGGAAGAGGAAAACCAGCUGUUGAGGCUGCAACUCAGCCAGUCUCAGAUGCAGGACGAGGCUGUGGAUGGGACGGACAGCAGCCAGCAGGGAGCGCCGUUCAUAGAGGACCAGGAUGGAAGGGACAACAGCACCGGCUGCCUCAAGCAGAGAAUGGUUCAGAAGUGCGAGGUAAAGGCGAUGUCCUAACUGGCUGCCAAGGCACCUUGCGGGCAAAUAGUUAUGGCAAAACUGUAGAAGGGUCGCACAGGAAGAGCCGAGUUGUUGUUCAGGCUCCUGAACCUGUUACGUUCCCUAAGAUGGGGGUAGCCAACACGGUGCCCUCCAGAGGUUUUGGACUACAUAUCCCAUCAUCCCCAGCCAGCUUAGAAUGGUUGGGAGUGGUGGGAGGUGUAAUUCCCAACCUCUGGAGGCUGUAACAUUGGCUGCCCUUACCCUAAGAGAAUAGGUGUAGCCAUAUAAUUCCCACUCUUGCCGCUUCCUGCUGUAGGUACCGUGAUAUUUAUUUUGCAAUGUAAUGCUUUUCUGAACCCUAAGAUAUGUGUUGGUAUGAUAAUCCCCUGAGGGCAAGGAGGCAGUCCUUGCUUGCGCCUGGUUUCUAUGUCCAUUUCUAACUCUGGUUGGUUUUGCAUCAACGUUUUGUAUUAUCCAUUUUGCUCUGGGAAAAGUGAACUCUCUGCUCACCCUUUUUUACUGACUUGGAUGAAGAAGAAAGGGCCCUGGCAGGACAGGUGGAUUCUGCAUGUAUUGUGGGGAGCGGCUUCUGAAAGCUCCACUUGGAGGGGAAGCGGGGAGAGGAUCUCUUGCAGUGAAUUGUGGAUGGGGGGGCCAGGCCUGAUGGCAUCUUUGUGUUUCUGGACAGCUUCUCCACGUUGCAAUUGUCUGUGCUGGAUACAAUGCAAGUCGGGAUGUCGUCACCCUGGUGAAAUCCAUCCUCUUCCACAGGUAACCUUGGAGGGGGUGGGGAAGGCUGCUCUUCUUUUGAGCAGGUAGCGGAGGCUUCUGAGUUUCCCAGGACUUGAAGACGGGGUUAAAAUAGGAUGCCUUUCUGCACUUUUGAUUCCAAGCUGCAGUUCUGGGUGUGCUGGGGAAAGAUAGAACAAGUGAAGACUAGUUAGGGUCCUCUGACCCCAUCCUUUUUCACUUAAAUGCAGCUGCCAGGGUUCUGUAUGUGGCAUAGUAAGGCAUCAGCUGCUGCAUGGGGGGUGCAAAAUGAGGGAAUUGGAUGUAUUUCACAUCUUGCUUUCAACUAUUGCAAGCAUUAACUGUUUCCUUCCUUGGCAGGAAGAACCCUCUUCACUUCCAUCUCAUCACUGACUCUGUGGCCCAAAAGAUCCUGCAGAUGUUGUUCGAGUCCUGGAUGGUGCCCUCUGUUCAUGUUAGCUUCUACAAUGCUGAUGACCUGAAGGCAAGGGAGAUCAAGCCAGGCUCGUUCUCUCUUUCUCCAUUUGUUCCCUUUCCCUCUCUUCCCUUCCCUCUCCACAUCCUCUUUCCAUGAAGUGAGCAGCCCUUUAGGGAAGGCUCUGCCGUAGAAAUGGCUUGCUUGGAGAUGAGAGACGCAAACCCUUUCCAUUGUUUUCUGUGCUCUCAUCUGCUACUAUUGUCAUUUCAUUUGUAGAGUGGGAAGCACCUGUAGACAGGAUCUGAAUGAUUUAGAAAUAUAUAAAGUUAAGCUUCUCAUUUCAGCAGGAAUCUCUAAGUGGUUUACAUAUCUGGGGAGGUGGGAGAAGUGUGUUUGUGUGUGUGCAUUUGUGUGUGUUCACGUAAACAUAAAAUACAAAUUCCACAUUAAAAACUAAACAAUACUACUACUACCAAAAGAAUAAUACUAUUUUAAAUAACAUAAUUAAGAAACAAUAAAUACAAUAUACAUAAAUAAACACAUUUUCCCUUGGAAUUGAGCCCCCUGAUGGAUAGUGGCUGGUUCCAAGCUUGUGAAUGGAUCUAAAAGGUCAUGAAUCAUCCUUAAGGUCACCUAGAACUUUGCAACAGAACAGCAGCCAAAAUCUGCACUUGAAAUGGUUAUAUGAUGCACUUUCAUGAUUCUGAUGUCCAAGAAUGCUAAUAUUUCAGCAAAGUGACAGAAGGGCAGAAGGAUUAAGGCAGGGAGCCCUGAAGCAGCACCUGGAGUUUUCCAAGGCCACAUAAGUGUUCCUAAUGAACAGUGGGCACUGUGCCAGGCAGUCUCCUCUUGCUCUUGCCAAAACUUUAUGUGGAAGUUGUUGUCCAUAAUAAAAUAGGAAGGGAUAGAAACAUAAUUCAUUUGUUUUUGAAAUUUGAAAGUAGCCAGAUUCCAGGAGUAUGCAUUUGUACUCUUUGAGUCAAUUGUUUUGAGAUUAAAGCUCUUAGAUUUUAGACAAUAGAGUUGCCUUAUUUAUUCUGCUGUGAAUCAGAAAGUCACUCUCCAUUGUUUCUGGCUGAAUUGGAUGAAGAAAGGUGAAAUUAGAUCUGGGGUGGGAGAACAUGCAUUUUCCUGCCAUGUCUAAAACAAUUGGCACUGCCCAGGUAUAUGUUUGGCAUCCAAAACUAUCUAGACAGGUAAGGUUCACCCAACCAAGCUUAGUGCAAUGAUUCACACUCCAUUUCCCCCCCUACAUUUCUGACCCUUGAGAAAACAGGAAAGUGGAUUGUGGUUGAACAGACCAUGUGCUUUCACUGAAGAUGGGGUAGGAAUUUUUAGUGGGCGGGGGGGUGGGGGGAAAGGAAAAUUGCAGGGGGCCAUGAAAUCUAGAGCAGAAUUGGGAGUCCAUAGAUGCUUUUGAAGUCUUGCCACACUAUAUUAUUAUUUAAAUUUCUAUUCCACCCUUCAUCCAAAGAUCCACAGGGUGGUUUACAAUAUAAAAACACAAAAAUAUCAGUAGAAUAGCCCAUUAGAAAAUGUUAAUAAUGACCAGGUUGAUGAAGUUCGCUAGUCCCCAAAUCCCUUCUUGCAGACUUGCAGGCCUGUUUCACAGCUAUGGCAAGGGACAUGGAGGCUGCUUGGAAUUGCAUUUCCAUGGAGGUUUCCAUUUGUGUGCAAGCUUUGUGCAAUUUGUCUCCACUGCCCUCCAAAACAGGAGUGCCAUGUGGAAGCACCAUCUUUGCAGUUGAAAGCAUUCCCACACCACUUUAUUUGUGUGAAGCGCUUCUAAAUCUCACCAAAGACAUACAGACUAGUUUAGAGUCAUGGUCUCAUUUUCAGUAUUGUCUCGUUGCUCAAACCUUAGAAACAAGAGCAAUUUUAGGCUUCUUGGCUAUAGACCAGACAUGUGAUGCUGAUGCUGGCCUGCCUGUUCUCCUUUUCUGAAAUGUUUCUCCCCCCCCCCCUUUUUUUUUUUUUGCAGCCGGACAUCUCUUGGAUCCCCAACAAGCACUACUCUGGAAUCUAUGGGCUGAUGAAACUGACGCUCACAAAGGCUCUCCCCUCUGAUCUCUCCAAGGUCAUUGUCCUGGACACGGACAUCACCUUUGCCACUGACAUUGCUGAACUGUGGGCCAUCUUUGGGAAGUUCUCGGGUAAGUGAUGACCACUGGGGGAAUAGGGAUCCUUUAGACUAGGGACACAGAAUCUGUGACCCUCCAAGAUGCUUUGAGGACUCCAGCUCUCUCAUCAUCAGCCCCAGCCAGCAUGACUAGAUGCUCAAGGAUAAUGAGCGUUAUAGUCCAGCAACAUUUGGAGGGCCACAAGUUCCCUGCCCCAGCCUUUGACCAUCUUUGAGCACCUCUCCAGAGGCAGUGGCUCAUGGUACAGGACAGCUCUGGUGGCCCUAGAUACCGAAAGGGUUUCUUUUCUUACUCGGUGGUCUUUCCAUUUACUCUGCUCCUUUGAAAAUUAUACAGCAGGGAUGAUCCUUAGUGAGUGAGUUCCAGGGUACUGAUCUUGUUGACAAGCAAAGUCUGUUAGCUGCCUUUGGCCUCAUUUUCUUAUCUCUUAAUCCAGACAAACAGGUGAUUGGGCUGGUGGAAAACCAAAGUGACUGGUACCUAGGGAAUCUCUGGAAGAACCAUAAACCAUGGCCAGCACUGGGACGUGGCUUCAACACAGGUGAGCUCCAGAGGGAUGUGGGAACAUGGCAGCAUGAUGUCCGUGCAGUCCUCUGUUCCCGUGGCUUGAGUGCUGGGUUUGUAUGUGACAUUAUCCAGGUUCAGAUAUCCUGGUUCAACUGUGAAGUUGACUAGGUGGUCUUGAGCAAAUCCCAGCGAGCACAAGGAAAACUAGUCCUAUGAGGAAAGAAGAGGUAGCUUCCUUUCCAUACCCAUGGCAGAUUCAGAUUUUUGAGCGAAUGCUGUGGGUGCCACCCCCUCUGAUCAUUUCUUACUCUCCUCCCCAGAUCAGCACCCCUGCCUCCUGAGAGGCAUAGUGCACACACACUCUGGCUUCCCAUGGAAUCUGGAUAAAAGCUGGAUCCUAUAAAGUUAAUCCAACGCUUCAAAAGCAAAGAGAGCCGAAAGAGGAAGUGGGAAAGAGCAGUGCUUUCCCCACAAUCCUCUCUUGGUUCUUUGUACCUUUCAACCCUCUCACUAGCUCAUGAUUGGGGGGCCAACGGAGGACUGCAAAAGUAUCACAGUGCCCAUGGAUUAAAGGGACUGGUUUGCAGAGCCUGAAGAAAAGGCGGAGAGGAGCAGGGUAAUAUGCUUCAAAUGCGCCCAAAAGGCUGUCCCGUGGAAGACUGCAUAGACUUGUUCCCUGCUGCCUCCAGGGGCAGAACUAGCUCCACUGGGAUUGGAUAAGAGAAGCUGAACAUUAGGAAAACCUAAGAAUAAAAAGAGUUCAGUAAUGAGACCAGUUAAUGGGAGCUGUCUCUUAGGUGUUCUCCCUGAAUUUUCUGCAUUGAGCAGGUACCUGGACCAGGUGGCCUCCAAGUCUACCGUUAACAGUUUUUGUAGGGCAUGCUUAUGUUGGUUUUAUGCCAGUGUUGACUGUCAUUGCCACACACACACCUUGGAGUUGUAGUUCAGUGAAGUUGUAAACUAUUCUGCUGCUGGUAUUUCAGAGUGUGAGUAACCAGCGAUGGAGCUGGGUCGAAUGGUGUGGCAAUAGACACGCACACCUGACUCCAGAAACAAGCUUUCUAUCAUGGAUAGCUGCUUGGCAGGUCUGUAGGAUAUCUUGGCACCACCUGAUGGUUGUCCAGAGAACUGUUUCUCCAUGCAAGGCAGGCACCCCUAGUGGGGAGGCAGGAAAGAGUUCAUGGCUGCUGCUGCUGCUGCUGCUGCUGCUGCAAUAAUAGGAAAAGACUCGUUCUCCAUGCUUGUCAGCUUGGUUGUCAACACUGAAGAGCAGCCACUCCUCCUGUUGCAAGGAUUUUAAAAUAGCAUUUUUAUUGAUUAAGAUGUUUGCAAACUCUCUUUCACCAAAGGGAUCUUAACAACACAAGGAGGUUUCCUGGGGAUCCAGGAAAACAGAGCCCUCUUCCACUUCUAAAAAGAUGCACAUUGUGGAAGUGCAUUGUUAAGAGUUGAGCUGAGGGAUGCCCUGGUUGCUUCUGUCCAGUCGUGGUGGUGCUCAUGGUUUCCUCUUCUCCUAGGAGUGAUCCUCUUGCUGCUGGAGCGCCUACGCCGAAUCGGCUGGGAGCAGAUGUGGCGCCUGACAGCCGAGAGGGAGCUCAUGAGCAUGCUGUCCACCUCGCUGGCUGACCAGGCAAGUGCUCUGAGCCCUGCAUGCCUCGCUGUCCUCCAGCCUGGGCCCCCGGACACACCUUUUGUCUCCUGCAGACAUUGUGGGUUGUAGCGGGAUAAAGACCUAUUUAUUUCUUCCUCGUUUGGCUUCACACUUGAUUUUACUCUGGGCCUUUCUCCUCUUCCAGAGUGCCCAGUGUGCAAACUGCAAUCUCUCUUUUAGGACAUUUUUAAUGCAGUGAUCAAACAGAGCCCAACGCUGGUAUACCAACUCCCUUGCUUCUGGAACGUGCAGCUCUCUGAUCACACCCGCGCGGAGCAGUGCUACACAGAGGUGUCUGAUCUUAAGGUGGGCAUUUCCCCCCUGGCUGAGUCUUUCCUGAAUUCCUUUUGCAACAGUGACCCUUGGCUGAGCCUUCCAGGCAUUGCCAGUCUAGGACAAUGUUAGUUCUGCAGGGGCUUGACUGAAGAUGUGGAGUGGAUUGGCACCUGUAACCAGCCUUAUGUUUUAGCUAUCUGUUCUCAGGUGAUCCACUGGAACUCUCCCAAGAAGCUGCGGGUGAAGAAUAAGCACGUGGAGUUCUUCCGGAACCUCUACUUGACGUUCCUCGAGUAUGAUGGCAACCUGCUGCGCAGGGAGCUUUUUGGCUGUGCCAGCCUCCCCAGCUUGCCCAGUGGCCAGGUAGGAGCCUAAUUUUCUAUCCUCCUCCCUUCUCCUCAUGCCUGAAAUGGAAAAUCCCUCCAGACUUCCCAUUUACUUAGCUGCUCUCUUAAAUGGAGGGGGUGUGUAGCUCAAAAAACUAUGUGCAUGCCUUACUAUGCAACCUGGCCUCUUUAAAACCCUGAUUGUCUCGGGCUCCUUUUCUAAGUGAGGCGUCUUCAUUCCAGCUCAGUUACCCGGUGAUGAUGAUUUUUAGUCCUUGUUCUAAUUGCACCCAUUUUGCUUGGGUUUCAUUCUUCUAGUUUUUAUUCCUAAUAAAAUGUAAUGGCAAACCUAAAGAAAUCUGGCACGUUUUCACCACAUUCAGAACAACGCACUCGCAUUAUUUCAUAGGAUUAGUGGACUGAUGAGGUUAUGUUCUGCUUAGUACAAAACUCAAGACCAUGGGUAGGCAACCUAAGGCCUGAGGGCCAGAUCAGGCCCAAUCGCCUUCUCAAUCCGGUCCGUGGAAUCAGUGUGUUUUUACAUGAAUAGAAUGUGUCCUUUUAUUUAAAAUGCAUCUCUGAGUUAUUUGUGGGGCCUGCCUGGUGUUUUUACAUGAGUAGAACGUGUCCUUUUAUUUAAAAUGCAUCUGUAGGUUAUUUGUGGGGCAUAGGAAUUCGUUCAUUCCCCCCCCUUAUAGUCUGGCCCCCUACAGGGCCUGAGGGACAAUGGAUCGGCCCCCUGCUGAAAAAGUUUGCUGACCCCUGCUCCGGACCCUCCCCACUCUCCCAGCAGUAUCUCAGGCUCUAGAAACCCUGCCCUUUAAAGCUGCUUUGUGGCUGUGCUUCACUCUAGGUCAACUUGCCAACUUAGCCUUAUCACUCUGUCCUUGUCCUCUCACCCCUGCAUAAAAUUUAGCUCCAGCAGGCCCUAGAGGAGCUGGAUGAAGACGAUCCUUGCUAUGAUUUUCGGAGGCAGAGCCUUAUUCAGCACCGGGUGCAUCUCUUCUUCCUGCAGUACGAUUUCCCGAUCUUGGCUGAUGCAAUUGAUGUCACUCUUGUAGCUCAGCUCUCCAUGGACAGGUACCAGAUGGGAAAGGAAGAGGGGGAGAUGUUGUGCCUUCCAGCAUAAAUUCUUCUGCUUGGGAGCUAAACGUCCAGCCAGCUUGUGGCUCUUUUAUAUGAAUUUAUUGGUCCAGCAGGCCUCUGUGCCCAAGCUGAGUUAAUCAAACUGGAAAUCUCUGUGGCAAUAUUCUCACUGCCCAGCUGCGAGGGUGACUAUCCUUUCCAGAGAAUUCUGCUUUUAUUUAUUUUUUAGAAUGGGUUUCUGUCACCCAGAGUUGCUGGGAAAUAUUUAGCAAAAGAUGACUAGUAUCCCUUGAAUACUAGAAUAGAAGAACUAUGGCAGUUUUCUAUGUGGUGGAAGGAAGAAUCUUGAGGAUUAUGAAGAAUGGAUAGAAGAUAAAACCUAUGAAAGGAACAAAAACUAGCUGCAUGAGUCAGAAAAUGGGUGCAAUGGUGCAAGCCAGCCAUUAAAAGAAUGGUUCUGAUGGUGGCAGAAGGGCUGGGCAAUAGUUAGGAAGAGGGGCAACACAAAACCAGUACUGUCCAGAUCAGUUGUGCCAAGGUUUGUAAGGUUAUAUUUUAAGAAGCCAAGGAAUCGUGUGCAAAUGGUGGCAGCUUCCAGGACGUAGUGUAGACAGCCCCCUCUGAUACAAUUAUCAACAGAAGCUUGCACACACAAGAAACCAGGAAGGAAAAACUCACUGCAGGACUGGAUGCAGAUUCUCAUGUUCCUUCAGGCCUGGGUGGCUCAGCCUUGUGGCUUUUUGUUGUUGCCAACUGAGGGUGUCUUGCACUCUUGACUUGUCCCAUUGAUUUGCAGGUUACAGAUGCUGGAGGCCAUAUGCAAACACUGGACAGGCCCCAUUAGUCUGGCGUUGUAUAUGUCAGAUGCAGAGGCCCAGCAAUUCCUGCGCUAUGCCCAGGCCUCGGAAGUGCUGAGUAACCGCAGGAACGUUGCCUAUCACAUUGUGUACAAGGAAGGGCAGUUUUACCCGGUCAACUUCUUGCGCAACGUAGCAUUGAAGAAUGCACAGACAUCUUACGUUUUCCUGACAGACAUUGACUUCCUGCCUAUGUAUGGCCUCUAUGAUUAUCUCAGGUGCGUGCUUUGCCCUUUCCCAGCCUGUGUAAAGCGGUAGACACUUCCAUACUGGGAGAGGCUGGCUCCACCAGUAUGUGUCGGUCCCAUGCCAGCACUGAACAUUUUUCAUGGGGAAGGGAUACCGGAUGCUUGGACUCCUCCAUUUAGCAACAGACCAACAGCAUUUCCCCCUCCCCUUUGUGCCUCAGGACCUCCAUUUUGCAGCUUGAGCUGCCCCAAAGGAAGGCAGCCCUCAUUGUGCCUGCAUUUGAGACUCUGCAUUACCGCCUCACCUUCCCCAAAUCCAAAGCGGAGCUGCUCUCCAUGCUGGACAUGGGCUCCCUCUAUACCUUCAGGUAAGUGUUGGGACAAAAACAACCCUCGCUAGCAGCUGAAAUGUUGGCUCAACCAAUUGCUGGACUGCCCUCUGAAACCAGAUAACAGGCCUGACCAGCCCCAGCACUUAACCCUUCUUAGUGGUGGCUUGCAGCCUAAGAUUUGACUGGCCAUUUGUAACUGGCAUAUGUGCAUUCAUUCUUCUGUUGGGAUGUAGGGGCACAAUUUGCCCCCUCUUUAUUUUCAUUCCAUGUUGUCCCCUCUCCCUGCUUUGGAGCCCCAUGCUGAGCAUGAUAUAUUUUAAAUAAAUAAUCCCUUUCCUCAUUUCCAUCCCCCCCAACUCUUUGUUGGAUCCUAUGAUUCUUCUGCUUUUCCUCAUGCCCUUUUUCUUAGUCCUGGGCUCAUCCAGUUCCCAGCCACCUGUUAGGGCACAGCUGUGCACUCACAGGGGCAUAUUUGCAUCAUUGCCAUUUUACAGAUGGGGAGUUGAGACCAAGGUGACUUUGCCCUGGCCAUGCUGUGGAUCUGUGGCAAAGCUAAGACAUGAAGCCCGAUCUCCCUCAUCCAAGCCCAAUCCUGCCCUGCUGACUAAAGAGGUUCAGAAUGGCUCUAAGAGGCUGGCUACCCCAGGCAGUGUGGUGCAGUGGUCGGAGUGUCAUACUAGGCGACAAGGAGUCCGAGGUGCAGACUUUUCUCAGCUCCCUUGUGUAUCUGUGUGCAGGUACCAUGUGUGGCCUCAGGGCCAUGCCCCUACGGACUAUGCCAAGUGGCGGACAGCCACGGUGCCCUAUCGCGUGGAGUGGCAGCUGCACUUUGAGCCUUACGUUGUAGUGAGGCGCGACUGCCCCCUAUAUGACCAGAGAUUUGUCGGUUUUGGCUGGAACAAGGUGUCUCACAUCAUGGAGCUUGACGCCCAGGUGAGUGUGAUGCUUAAUGUCUCCCGCAAGGUUGCCUCUUUAUGCGUUCCCUGAAAUCCAGGGCUGGGGUGUGUGGCUUCCGUGGGAGCCGGCCUUUCCAGCAACUUCAUGCCUUUUUGUAGGAGAAUGAGCUGCUGGUCUUGCCCAAUGCCUUCAUGAUCCAUAUGCCUCACGCACCCAGUUUUGACAUCUCCAAGUUCCGCCUGAGCUCCACUUACCGCGACUGCCUGGAGACCCUGCGGGAGGAGUUUCACCAGGACCUGUCGCGCAAGUACGGCGCUGCUGCACUCAAAUACCUCACCGCCGAGAGAAGCCUGUGA